GAGUGGUUUGUGUCAACAAUUGGUCCCAGCACUCAGGAGGCUCACAGCAAAUAGUGCAACAGGAACUCUCUCUGGUGCCUGGUGUUGUGGCCCUCCCAGUUACACAGCUCGGUGCAGCCUGCAGUCUAGGUUCAAAGGCAGCUCCUUCCGUGUUUCACUUCACCCUCAUUCAGCCUCCUAGCUGCUGAGAGAGGAGUGAGCAACGCGAGCAGGCAGACUUCUCCACUCUUUUAUCUCCGCAACUUCUGGGGGCAGUGUCAGUCAGGAGACCUGAAGGACUUCAUCAGCUUCCUCAAUAGUCCAUCGGCUUUUACUGGGUCUCCUCACUGAAAGCCACAGCAGGGUUCGCGUUGACUUGGUUUCGCCUCUUGCUCCAUGGUGACCUGCUACAUGUGAACAAUGUCUACCCCAUUCCCAGAAAGUUCUCCUCCAGGAAAUACUCUUGUGAAUAGCAGCGAUAACAUGGAUUCUGCGGUCAUUGGAGGUGUCAUAGCCGCCGUGGUCUUUGUGGUCAUCUGCCUGCUCGUGGUUAUGAUCCGUUACCUGUACAGGCACAAGGGCACCUACCGCACCAACGAGGCCAAGGGCACAGAGUUCGCCGAGAACGCCGACGUGGCCUUGAAGAAUGAUCCCAAUUUCCAAGACUCUGUGGAUGAAAGUAAGAAGGAAUACUUCAUCUGAUGGCGGAUACUCCAGACCCGUGAAAAACCGCAACCAGGACAUUUUAAUCUGUGUUUAAACUGUGUUAUAAUGACGGCUUUAAUGAAGGAUUGGGGGGGGGGUUUGAAGCAAAUAAUGUUUACUCAUUGUUAACUCUUGUCCCUCUCUCUGGGGACAAAAAAAUCAUAACCCGGGAUCUAUUUACAAGCAAAUGAGUACAUUCUUGAAAAGUGGACAUUAAUAGGUGACUUAACUAUUAUUUUCCAUAUUAAGUUUCCAAAGACGAGUUCCACAGGAGUGCCUUAUAGGACAGGUGCACAGACGUUAAACUGACAUCAAUCUUCUACAUUUUAUAACCUGCUUCAUGAAGACAUAAGAGCUCUGAUAUCAAUAAGCCAAACCAUUAGUAAUGAUUGUGUUAGAAGGAACUGCAGAUGCUGCUUCACACCGAAGGUGGACACAAAAUGCUGGAGUAACUCAGUGGGUCAAGGCAGCAUCUCUGGAGAAAAGGAGUAGGUGACGUUUCGGGUCAAGACCCUUUGCCAGACUAUAUCUAAGUCUGUUGAAGAGUCUCGAGCCGAACCUUCCUUUGUCCAAAGAUGCUGCCUGACCUACUGAGUCACUUCAACAUUUUCUGUCUGUCAUUAGUAAUCAUUGUUUUUUGUUUUAAAAAGAUCAGGCUAUCAACCUCGAACGCCUGGUACCAUGUUUAAUCCUUUAAGUUUGGAUACUAGAUGCUAUUUUUUGAUAGGAUGGAUGCUGAUUUUUUUGUUUUGAUUUUUUUAAUAUAGUCUUGUUCCCUCAAAUGGUUUCAAAAAUAAAUUAAGGUGGCGCAGCGGUAGAGCUGCUGCCGUACAGUGCCAGAGACCCGCUUUCGUAGUUGAGUUUGUGCGUUCUCCCCGUGACCUGCGUGGGUUUAUUCCCCCACUACAAAGACGUACACGACUGCAGGCUAAUUGGUAACAUUGUAAAUUGUUCCUAGGAUAGUGUUAGUGUGCUGGGAUAGCUGGUCGGCGCGGACCCGGUGGGCCGAAGGGCCUGGUUCCACCCUGCAUCUCUAAACUCAACUGAAGAAUGAUUUGCAUUAAGAUCUGUCAUUUCUAUGAGAGCUUGUGUCUUCAUUUUGUUUUCUGGCCUGCUGCCAAUCUGUACUCAUGGUUAUUUUUGACCCUGGAUGGCAUGCACUGAAUAUUUCUGUCCUCCUGGCAUGUAUCUUGAUUUAUACAAGUGCUGUUACAUUAAGCAAUCUAUUUUAGUCUCUUUUUAAUUUUUAUUUUUUCAAUUUUGCAUCAGUGUUAAGUCGUGCAUUUCUAUUAGCAUUUUGUUACUGCAAACUUUAUUUGCAUUGUAAACAUAUGAAGGAUAUUGGAUAAUAGGAUAGUUUAUUUUUGUGAUUAUGUAUGUGUGUGUGUGUGUAUAUACAUUUCUCCCCCUGCCUCCCACUCCCCCAAAGCUGUUCACUCUAGAUAUGGCUCCAGGUUCCAUCUUGUGGCUGACUGACUCUCUGACCAAAAUCAAGCUGCUUUUCUCUUCUCCCAGAUUUUCCAGGACACUAAUCCUUAUUUUCGUACCCCACUGAUCUUCAGUCCAUUUUUCCAAUGACGUGUUUACAUCCUCUGAGUGUUGUGGAACAAAUUGAACUGGAGAAAUGAGCCCCUAACUUACUAAAGAUAGAAGAAGGGUCCCGACCCGAAGCGUCACCCAUCCUUUUUCACCGGAGAUGCUGCCGUGACACGCUAGGUUACUCCAGCACUUCGCGUCUACCUGCUAAAGCCCUUUGCCUCUCAUUUCCAUGGCAAAAGAGUAGGGAGUGGAGCACUUGAGAACAAGCCGACGUCGCAGUGGCACAGCGGUGGAAUUGCUGCCUUGCAGCGCCGGAGACCCGGGUUUGAUCCCGACUACAGGUGCAUGUCUCCAGUGAGUUUGUACGUUCUCCCCGUACGUGGGUUUUCUUCGAGAUCUUCAGUUUCCUCCCACACUUCAAAGACGUACAGGUUUGCAGGUUAAUUGGCUCAGUGUAUGUGUAAAUUGGCCCUAGUGUGUAGGAUAGUGUUAGUGUGUGGGGAUCGCUGGUGGGUGUGGACUCGGUGGGCUGAGGGGCCUGUUUCCGUGCUGUAUCUCUAAUUUAAAAAAAACAACUGUCUCAAGGCCCUUAACUCGUGUGAUAGCAACUUGUCUCCAAUCUUAACCCUGUGAGUGGAGGUUUUACAAUUAUUUUAUUAAUAUCUCAUUAUCGCCGAUCAUUUCCCCUUAGAAGUGAAGUCGGCCCAUUGUCCUCCUUCCAUCAAGCUAGAGGGAAGGACAUUCAGUUUUGAAACCAUUCUGUGGGUUGCGUUGGUAAGCAUGUGAAGGGUAAAGCUGGUAGGUGCACGUUUAAAUAUACAUGUGCUAUUGAAGAUGGAUAGGCCUUCAACUGAACCAUUGUGACUGAACUUAGUUACUGUAGGAGCAAUACACCAUGGAGGCAUGUCAUUGACCAUCAAACACCCAUUCACACUAAUCCAAUCUUCUAUUCUCCUCAACUUUCCAUCAACUACCAGAUUCUAUCGUUUAGUUUAGAGAUACAGAGCGGAAACAGGCCCUCGGGCCAAAAACCGAGUCCGCACCGACCAGCGAUCCCCGCACAUUAACAUUAUCCUACACCCACUACGGACAAUUUGCAUUCAUACCAAGCCAAUUAACCUACAAACCUGUACGUCUUUGGAGUGUGGGAGGAAACCGAAGAUCUCGGAGAAAACCCAAACGGUCACGGGGAGAACGUACAAACUCCGUACAGACAGUACCCGUAGUCGGGAUGGAACAGGCGUGUCUGGCACUGUAAGCGCUGUAAUGCCCCUGUCCCACUUAGGAAACCUGAACGGAAACCUCUGGAGACUUUGCGCCCCACCCAAGGUUUCCGUUCGGUUCCCGGAGGUUGCAGGUAGUGGAAGCAGGUAGGGAGACUGACAAAAACCGCACGGAAACCUUGGGUGGAGCGCAAAGUCUCCAGAGAUUUCCGUUCAGGUUUCGUAAGUGGGACAGGGGCAUAAGGCAGCAACUGUAGUGCUGUGUCACUUCUGCACCCCCCCCCCCCCCCCCCCCCCCCCCCCCCCCCCACCCAAAAAAAAGGCAGUUUAGUUGCCUAUUAACUAAGCAAGUCUGGGGUGUGGGAGAAGGCAGGAGCACCCAGAGGGAACCCAAGUCGCAAGAAGAACAUGCAAACCCUAUGUGAACAGCACCCAAGGUCAGGAUUAAAUCCGGGUCGCUAGAACUGUGACAUGGCAGGCCCACCAAAUGUGCCACUUGGAAUGAACAAUGUUAACAUCAUAAGAUGUUGAUAGCAAUGGUGAAGGAAUUUGCGAUAAUGGAGCAAGCAAUAUAUUUAAUGUGUAAAUCUUGCUGAAAUCCAUUGAUUGCAGCCAAUAAAAUGUCUUCCACGUC